GAGACAUUAUGAGAAGACACCGUACAUUUGUACGGCAUACAUACGAAAGGCAUAUGUGCCUUGGUGUAAAUGUAAAAAUUUCACAAAUAUUUGUUCAUAAGCACUUUACAUAUUCAAAAAUUGUAAAUCUUAUUCUCUGUAAUUAAUCCGCAAAAUAUAUGAAAAAAACUUGCAAACAACAACUGACUUAAUAAAGAGCAGCCCACUGGAUCGUCAUUAUCAGUAUCGUCAAAUAUACUAAUUUUUUUUACCAAUUCUCCACUGAUAACGCUUCGAAUAGGCAAAAAACAGCAAUAGACUUAUUAAGUGUCAACGGUAUAGUUGAAGCAAUCAAAUUGCAACCGUCCGCGGUGCUGGCAAGUAGUCGGAAUUCAAGCCAAGAUAUGUACAUAUUAAAAUAGCGCCAAGGCGUAUAUUUCACAUAGUACAAUACUUAAACCGGUUUUUUGAAAAAGUCAGCACAGCAGCGGUUAUCUCAAGAUUUCUGAUAUUGUCCCACGAUGACCGAUACAUAUUUUGUUGGUGUCGAUGUUGGCACGGGCAGUGCCCGUGCAGCGCUAGUCAAUCUGAAGGGUACAGUGCUGAAGCAGUGUGUGAAGCCGAUAAAGACUUGGAAUCCCGAAAACGAUCACUACGAACAAUCAUCCGACGAUAUUUGGCGCUCUGUGUGCCAUUGUGUGAAGGAAGUAACCUCAGAUGCCGAUAAGGCAAAAAUACGUGCAAUCUCUUUCGAUGCCACUUGCUCCUUGGUCGUAUUGGGUGCAAAUGGUGAAGCGCUCACGGUGAGUAACACCUCUAGCAAUGAGCAAAAUAUCAUUCUCUGGAUGGAUCAUCGCGCACAUGCCGAAGCCGCUCUUAUCAACUCAACAAAGCAUGAGCUACUGCAAUAUGUCGGCGGCCAAGUAUCGUUGGAGAUGGAAAUACCGAAGUUGCUAUGGUUGAAGAAAAAUAUCAAAAAUACCUGGAAGAAUAUUUGGCGCGUGUUUGACUUGCCUGAUUUCCUAACAUGGCGCAGCACAGGCGCUGAUACGCGCUCACUUUGUUCGGCGGUCUGCAAAUGGAAUUACGAUGCGAUGAAAAUGUGUUGGAGUGCAGAAUUUUUGAAAAAAAUUGACUUGGAAGACUUGUGUAGAAAUAAUUUUGAAAUAAUUGGACAAAGCAUUUGUGAGCCGGGCACGGCGGUGGGAGCAGGUUUAACGAAAGAAGCAGCUGAAGAAUUGUCGCUGCUGCCGGGCACAAUUGUCGGCACAUCGCUUAUUGAUGCCCAUGCCGGCGCUCUGGGUAUGUUCGGUUGUCGCGCCGUAUUGAAUGAACACGAUAAACAGCUUGAGGCAGCGCUCGACAAUCUGCAGGGCAAGUUGGCACUUAUCUGUGGCACAUCUACGUGCCACAUGAGUCUAACUCGUGAACCCUGCAUGGCACAUGGCAUUUGGGGACCCUAUCGGGGUGCAGUACUGCCGAAUUACUUUCUCAACGAAGGUGGACAAAGCGCUGCCGGUAUAUUGUUGGAUUUUGUCGUCAAAUCGCAUCCACAAUAUACUGCCAUACAGGCGAAAUUGGGUCAAAAUGAGCAUAUCUAUACAUAUUUAAAUAAGCUUUUGAAGAAGAUGACCGAAGAGCGUAAAUGUGAGGAUAUGUGCCAGCUGACAAAGGAUCUACAUGUUUGGCCAGAUUUUCAUGGCAAUCGAUCGCCUAUAGCCGAUCCGAAUUUACGAGGAAUGAUCACGGGCCUCAACAUGAAUGACGAUGAAGAGGCGUUGGCCCUUCUGUACUUGGCAUUUGUACAAGCGUUAGCAUAUGGCACCCGUCAUAUCAUUGAUAAUCUCGUUGAGAAGCACAAACGUGUACCUUAUAGUAGUAUGCUGUUUUGCGGUGGCCUCGCUAAGAAUAAUGUGUAUGUGCAAGCGCAUGCAGAUAUCUGCCAACUCCCGGCUGUGAUACCGGACGAGCAAGAAAUGGUAUUGGUCGGUGCCGCAAUGUUGGGGGCUUGCGCUGCGAAGGCUUUUGAGAGUUUAGAGGCAACCUCCAAAGAAAUGGGCGGCAAUGGCGUGCUCCUGAAACCGAAUAGUUCCACUAAGGAUUUUCACAAUCGCAAAUACCGUGUUUUCCUGCAAUUACUAGAGGAUCAACGAAAAUACAAGAGUAUAAUGGAAAUGGAAUGCUCUUGUACAUCUAUUGUUUGACAAUUUAUUAGUGUUAAAUAAUUAUCUGAUGAUACAUUA